CAGGUCGGGAUUGGGCGUUCCUUUGCUAGCAAAGAUGGCGGCCUCCGCUGCUGGCCGACUGGCCGGUGCAAAGCUGGGGCUGCGCGAGAUUCGCAUUCACUUAUGCCAGCGUUCCCCCGGGAGCCAGGGUGUGAGGAAUUUCAUCCUGCAACGAUAUGUGGAGCUGAAGAAGGCGCACCCCGACCUGCCCAUUCUAAUCCGCGAAUGUUCGGAGGUGCAGCCCAAGCUCUGGGCCCGCUAUGCUUUUGGCCAAGAGAAGACCGUGUCUCUGAACAAUCUGAGUGCUGAUGAGGUAAGCAGGGCCAUGGAGAAUGUGCUGAGUGGCAAAGCCUGAAGUGUCUCCACAGAGGACUGCGCACAAGCACCAGAACCUACUGGACUGAAGACAGUGUGGGGAAAUAUGUUCUUCUGGUCCUUAUAAAGCUUAUGCUGCACA